AUGUCGCAGCCAAUUACCGUCAUCUACAACUUCAAAGAGUUCAGAACUAAAGUUAAACCAUCAACACUAUUAGUCGAUGUGUUAGAUAAGAGUUGCUCAUAUUUCAACGUUUCCGAAUCAACGCACACAAUCGUAUACAAUGGCAAGGAGCUGGACACAUCGUUGUCGUUUCGGUUUUUGAACCUUCCUCAUGGAGUGAAAGUUCAUCUAAAAAGCACAAAAACAAGCAUGGGUGGCAAUCAAAUACCGAAAGCAGCUGCUUCAUCUGUAAACAUCAGGUUGCAGAUCCUUGCACCAGACAAGGACGUCAAUUUCAAGCUGUCCGGAUCCAUUCCAGUGCGCUCCUUUUCCUCAAGUGAGACUCUUUAUGAUGUGAUUAAGCAGUAUGAACAGAUUACACAAUGUAACUUAUUGGAGAGAAAGUCGUACUACGAUCUGCCAAAUGCGGCAAAGAGAGUCCAUUGCUUGUACAUCCCGACAAUACAGAAUAUGUCGAAAGUUGUCAGCGGCAUUGAUGAGUUUAAAACGACAAAAUUACGCAGUAUGGGUCUUGUGAGUGGAAACCACUCUUUGAGACUUUGCUUCAAGAGAGUUGAUGUUUCAUCUGAGGAGAUUAGUGGUGUAGAGUUGAAUGGUGUGCAUGGAGGUAAGAAUGUGGCUGAAGAGGGUGAUACAGUAGCAGAAAAUGCACAAAUUGAAUCGGAGGGUACGAAUACUGUUGGAAAAAGGAAGAAUUGUAAGAACUCGAAUGAGUCAGCAGCGUUGGGCAAUUUCAGCAGGAAAGAUGCAGAUGUGGGAAUUAAAAUGGAGAGCAGAGGAAUGAAAGAAAGUGAGGAAAUGAAAGGAAGUGAAGAAGUGAAAGGAAGUGAAGAAAUGAAAGAUAGUAAAGAAAAGAAAGAAAGUGAAGACAGUAAUAAUACGCUGAAAGAGAAUUCAGACACGAGUAUCAAAGUGUACAAGCACCAAAACUUCGAUGAUCGCAAAGAGGACACAUACAGCGACUCAGAGUACAAUAUGACGAUUGACCAGGCAAAAGCAUACCGAUCAAUGCUUUUGAAAAUGGGAAGUAACGGGCCAAUGAUGACCCGAAGACAGCGUGAAGCCCUCAAAAAGCAGAGAGAGCCUGUUGUCACAAGUUGCAAAAUUCGAAUCAGGUUCCCAGAUCAGACAUUGGUGCAAUUAGAACUUCCAGCGACGAAAACUCUCGGUGACCUUUAUAAAAUCUUAGUGAGUGAGGUCCUUGAGCUUUCGGAAGCAGAUCAGGAGGCAGUUAAUAAAACUAGCGAGACAGAUAGCGAGGACAUUUUCUUCGAGCUUUUGACCAUGCAUCCAAAAGUUGUCCUUUUGGAGAGCAGGAAAGACUUCAAAAAGGAGUUGGUGAGCCAUUGUGGACUUGGGAGUAGGUCUGUGCUUGUGUACCGAGAGAAAACGCAAAAGAAGAAAAAUGUGUAUGUGAGGAAGGAGUACAUGCAAAAAGCCAUGCCGUUAUCUGCGAUAGAUGACAUGAAGGCUGACCAGGAAGCAGAUAAAGGGAAAAAGGAUGAGAAAAGGAGCCCAAAUGAGAUAGCGAAGAUGUUGCGGCCGCAUUCGAACAGGAAGGUGCCUAAAUGGUUUAAAAUGGGAAGAAUAUGA